AUGAUGAUGCGGGGUGUUUUUAAUUUCCAACCGAACUCGACACCACCCGUUCAACCCCAACCGAUCCCGACACAACCCGUUCAACAAUCCAAACCCGACGACCAUGUGGAGGUUGUUCCCGAAACCCAACCUCUUAUAGAAAAAGGUAAUAAUCAAACGGGUGACGGGUUUUGGACCAAGGUUUUGGCGAAGUUCCUCGAGCUUAUGGACCAAGGCCCGUAUCGAGAUAUCGAUUCGGUGUCGUCAAAGUGGCGAAAAAUGAACGGGUUCGUCAAUAAAUUUUACGAGGAGUAUAAUAAAAUAUAUACAAGUGGGCGUAAUAGCGGCAUGAGCGACGAGGAUGUGUUCAAACAAGCGUUGGAGAAGUAUAAGUCGAACAAUGGUAAUACCAACUUUGCACACGUUCGCGCGUGGAAAAUUUUGAAAACGCACCAAAAAUGGGCACCGAUUCCUAACGAGGUGGAGAUGGCGAAACGGCAAAAAAUAUCGGAAACGGGUAGUUUUAGCGCCGGUGGAUCGGACGCGAGGUGUCACAUUAACUUAAAUGAUGACGCCGACUUUGACGAAGAGGAAUACGCCGUACAUGAAGCGGAGCGUCCACCAGGCCGGGACAAAUCAAAGAAGGAGCGGGCCAAGGGGAAAGAAAAGGAAAAGGUGGACCCGAAGAUGGAAGAGUUUAUGGAACACCUUAAAACGUACACGAACGUCUCGGCCCAAAAGGCGAAGGCGAAGGAGCGGGCCGUCGAAGAAAAAACUCGUGUAGCGGUAGAAAAGUUACGCGAAAAGGUCCGAUUGUCGAAUGAGAAAAUCUGA